UAAUUAAAGACGAACGACAGACAGCAGAGAAGAGAAAAAUUUUGUAAUUUUCCUUAAAAAAUGUAGUAAAAAUUCUUUAAUUUAACAACAAGUGUUAAUAAUUUUAUGAAAUCCAUAAUAAAUAAUAAAAAUUUAUAGAAUUUAAAUGCAUAAAACAUAAAGAACGUGUGAAAAUAAUUGAAAUUCAUGAACAGAAUUUAAUAGAAACAAAACAUGCGUGGGUUGCAACAUCAGUUUAAUUCAAGGCAAUUUUUAUAAAAUAUUUUAUGUUUUUUUUUCGCCCUAAGUUAUUGUGUGUUUUUUUAAGUGUUUUAUUUAUAUUUAAGUUUUUUUAAAAGUUAAAAGAAAAAAAAAAAUAAAUUUUGUUAAGCCUGCUAAGAGGACUCACAAUCGCUAUGUCCUCCCCGAAUAAAGUAAUAAAAUCACCUUCAAAUCACAACACCAACUCACAAAGUUUAACCCGUUUAACUACCACUUGUGCGGGUUGUCUUAAUGAGUUACUCUCCUCCCGAGAAGAGGAUUGUGUGAAUGCCUUAGGCCAGGAAUGGCAUGCUGAUUGUUUCCGCUGUUCUGUGUGUGAUCAUCAUUUACACAAUUGGUAUUUUGAAAAGGAUGGUUUACUAUUUUGCCGGGAUCAUUACUAUCAGCGUUUCGGUGAGGCUUGCCAGCAGUGUAGUGAUGUUAUUUCCGGUCCUGUAAUGGUGGCUGGUGAUCAUAAAUUUCAUCCGGAAUGUUUUUGUUGUACGCAGUGUUCUUCGUUUAUUGGUUAUGGUGAAGCUUUUGCUUUAUUAGAGCGUUCUAAGCUGUAUUGCGAUGUCUGCUAUAGAAAACUUCUUUAUACUGAAAAUAAUUCUAUAGAUGGCCUCGUUAAGCCUUUACAUUCCAUACGUCUGGUGGAAAUACCCAAAGAUAUAACCACCAGUUUGCGUUUAUCGGUAGAUAAUAUUGACGGCUCGACGUCGUGUAAUGCUGCAACUACUGCUGCUGCGCCUGGAGGUCAUCAUUUAAGUGGUGAUAAUUGGAAUUCUUAUAUGUAUAAAACAAAUGCUUCAUCAGCUUCGUCCAUCUCACAUUUAGAUUAUAUGAGUGGUAAAGGCCUUUUGGCCGGUGGCAGCUCUACUGAUUUGUGUCCUGCUAUACGUAUAUCUGAGUAAGUGUUAGUUUUAGAC